AUGUCUACUGACCCUGCCGAUCACGCUACUGCCAAAUCCGUUGCCCAUGUGCCUCAGGCGUCCCGACGGUACAGGAACUCGUACAAUGGGUUCGUGUACAAUAUCCAUACGUGGCUGUAUGACCUAGCUGUUUUCCUUUUCAAUAUUCUGUUUACCAUUUUCUUCAGGGAAAUCAAGGUGCGUGGUGCGUACAACGUCCCUGAAGUCGGAGUGCCCACCAUCCUCGUGUGCGCCCCUCAUGCAAAUCAGUUCAUCGACCCAGCCUUGGUGAUGGCCCAGACCCGUUUGCUGAAGACGUCCGCGGGAGAGUCCCGGUCUAGGAUGCCCUGCUUCAUUACUGCAGAGUCCAGUUUCAAGAAAAGGUUCAUCUCCCUGUUUGGCCACGCCAUGGGCGGUAUCCCUGUGCCCAGGAUCCAGGAUAACUUAAAAUCCGUGGACGAGAAUCUUGAAAUCUACGCUCCAGACUUGAAAAACCACCCGGAAAUCAUCAAAGGCCGCUCCAAGAACCCACAGUCCACUCCAGUGAACUUCACCAAAAGGUUCUCUGCCAAGUCCCUACUUGGGUUGCCCAAUUACUUGAGCAACGCUCAAAUCAAGGAAAUCCCAGAUAACGAAACCAUAAUCUUGUCCUCGCCCUUCAAAACUUCCAAUGCGAAAGUGGCGGGGCUCUUGACCAACGGUACCAACUUUAAGUACGCAGAGAAAAUCGACAAUACGGAAACCUUCCAGAGCGUUUUUGACCACUUGCAUACAAAGGGAUGCGUGGGUAUCUUCCCUGAAGGCGGCUCCCAUGACCGUCCCUCCCUAUUGCCCAUCAAGGCAGGGGUCGCCAUCAUGGCGUUGGGCGCGGUAGCCGCCGACCCUGGCAUGAAAGUGGCCGUUGUGCCCUGUGGCCUGCACUACUUUCACAGAAACAAAUUCAGAUCUAGAGCUGUUUUGGAAUACGGCGAACCUAUCAUUGUGGACUGCAAAUAUGGUGAGAUGUACAAAGAAUCCCCCCGCGAAACCGUCUCCAAGCUGUUGAAGAAAAUCACAACCGCACUGUUUUCCGUCACGGAGAAUGCCCCCGAUUACGACACUUUGAUGGUCAUUCAGGCUGCAAGAAGACUGUACCAGCCACUGAAGGUCAAAUUGCCCUUGCCCGCCAUCGUGGAGAUCAACAGAAGGCUGCUUUUCGGUUACUCCAAAUUCAAGGAUGAUCCGAUUAUCAUCCACUUGAAAAAACUGGUAUACGACUACAACAAAAAAUUAGACUUGGUGGGCUUGAAAGACCACCAAGUAAUGCAACUGAAAACUACCAAACUGGAGGCCUUGAGAUGUCUAGUGAUUCUAGUCACUAGAUUGAUCAAGUUAUCUGUUUUUGCCAUGCUAUCAUUACCGGGAUAUAUCCUCUUCACUCCAAUUUUUAUUAUCUGUCGUGUGUACUCUGAAAAGAAGGCGAAAGAGGGCUUGAAGAAAUCUUUGGUUAAGAUCAAAGGUACCGACUUGUUGGCCACAUGGAAACUUAUCGUGGCGCUGAUAUUGGCUCCGGUUCUUUACGUGACCUACUCUAUUUUACUGAUCGUUUUGGCAAGGAAGCAACACUAUCUUCGCAUCUGGGUCCCCUCAAGCAACCCUUUUGUGCAAUUCGUUUAUUUCUAUGCACUAUUGGUUUUCACGACCUAUUCGUCUUUAAAGACAGGUGAAAUCGGUGUGGACCUUUUCAAGUCGCUAAGACCACUUUUCGUUUCCAUUGUUUAUCCAGGCAAAAAAAUUGAGGAAAUUCAAUCCACGAGGAAGAAUUUAAGCCUUGAAUUAACUGCUGUUUGUAAUGAUCUGGGACCGCUAGUCUUCCCCGAUUAUGAUAAAUUGGCCACCGAGAUCUUUUCCAAGAAGGAAGGUUACGAUGUUUCUUCUGAUACAGAGUCAUCUAUAAGUCGCAUGAGUGGUCAAUCUAGGAGUCGUUCAUCUUCCAUACAUUCUAUUGGCUCACAAGCUUCCAACGCACUAUCAAGAGUGAACUCGAGAGGCUCAUUGACCGAUAUCCCCAUCUUUUCUGACACAAGACAAGGCCAAUGGAAGAGUGAAGGAGAAACCAGUGAAGACGAAGAUGAAUUUGAUGGGAAAACUGUUGAAACUCCACAGAAUCCCGACUUGAACAAAGAAAAUACUCGCGACACGGAUAUCUCUUCCAAGAUUGCCUCACUAGUAAGACAAAAAAGAGAACACGAAAAGAAAGAGUAA